UUUUUUUAUAGUAGUCAGUAAAUUGACAUCACAGAAUCACAUUAAGUAAAAGAAAAUUUGCCAUGAGAACAUUAUUAAAAUAGAAUUAUUAGAAGAUGUUUUAAAAGGUCAACAAAAACUCCAAAAAUUGGAAACAAUGCUUUUUCAAUUUGGCUCAAAAAGUUAUCCAAAAAGUGUACAAUUCUUCAGCGUUAUAAUAGCAUGUUUUGGCGGGAUAGCACUUGGAAUGCAUUAUGGUUGGACAUCACCCGUAACUCCAAUAUUAAAAAACCUUUACACAGAUCUCUCCGAUUAUCAAAUAACAAUAAUCGAAACACUCUACAUGAUCGGUGGAUUAUUAGCACUUCCUCUAACUAUAUUCAUUUGUGAUCGACUUGGAAGAAAGAAAGCAAUUUUAAUCUCAGCUAUAUUUAAUUUAACAUCAUGGAUAAUGAUCGCGUUGUCAAAAUCAUUAACAACGAUUUAUAUCGCAAGAUUUCUUUGUGGAAUUGCCGGUGAUAUUGGAUUUGUAGCUGGGCCGAUGUAUAUAGCAGAAAUAUCAUCGAAAUCAAUUCGAGGAUUAUUAACGGGAUGUUUUUUUAUCGCUUGGUUGACAGGAAUUGUUAUAAUUUAUUCGGUAGCUCCUUUUGUUAAUUUAACAACUUCUUCGAGUGUUGGCGCUGGAAUUGUUUUAAUACAAUUAACGACAUUAAUUUUUUUGCCGGAAUCGCCUUAUUAUCUUUUAUUGAAGAAAAAUGAAAAGAAAUCGAAACAAUCUUUAAUGUUUUUUCGAAACACACAUAAUAUUGAAUUGGAAUUAAAUGAAAUAAGUGAAGCUGUUGAACGCCAAGAGAAAGAAAAAGGACGUUUAAUUGAUUUAUUUAAAGACAAGGGAAAUCGGAAAGCUUUAUUUAUUAUGACAAUUUUGAAUGCUUCGCAACAUAUGGCGUCAAUUAGUGUUAUGUUGAUGAAUUUACACACAAUUUUAAAAGACGCCGAAGGAAUUAUUCCACCUGAAUCUUCAGCAAUAACAUUUUCGGUUGUUAUGUUACUUUCAGCAACUAUCACAAUCUCAACGGUAGAUAAAUUUGGACGUAAAAAUUUAAUGAUUUACUCCAGCACCUUGACAUGCAUUUCAUUAUUAAUUUUAGCCACUUACUUUGCUUAUAAAGAACAUGAUGGUGAUAUAACAAACAUUAAAUGGAUUCCUGUUGUUGCGGUUAUUCUUUUCGCGAUCGUUUUUAAAGGUGGAAUGGGCAUGGUACCGAUUGUGAUGAGUGGUGAAGUAUUUCCAACGAGUGUUAAAUCGAUGGGAAUGACGAUUGCUGAUGCAAUUUAUGUGAUUUUUGGCGCGGUUUCCAUUUAUAUUUAUCAGGGAUUAGUGAUAGUUGUCGGAAUUUACUGUCCGUUUUAUUUAUUUGCGUUGUGCUCUUUUGGAACAUUGUUGUUUUCGAUCUUUUGUAUUCCAGAGACGAGAGGAAAAACGUUGGAGGAGAUUCAAAUGAUUUUAAAAGGUGUAAAAAAUGAACCGUGUCAAAACGGUGAGGUUAAGAAAGAGGUUAUUCGAAUAAAAUCGUUUGAGAAUUUAUAA